UCUUUGCCAUGCUCGCCAUGGGUUCCGCUCUUCGAAGAACGUUUACGCUUCUAGCAAUCGUGUUAGUGUUUGGUGAAAGUUAUCAACACGAGAUAGAGGAUGAUAAUCUCCAGGGAUUGGCCGGUUCCAGUGACGCCGAGCUUCUGCAGCAGUCUAACGAUUUCGCAAUCCACUUGUACAAACAAGUGAGCGCACAAGCGGGGGGUGGAAAUGUGGUGAUUUCUCCGUUUUCAAUCGCCGCUUCGCUGUCACUGGUCGCGAUGGGAGCUGGCGGAUUGACGGCCGAAGAAAUGUUUGGUGGAUUGCGUUAUGGAAAGGCCGAUCGCAAAGAGCAGGUUGCCGAUUGGUACGGACGACUCAUGAGGCAGUUGGCAAAUGAUAGUUCUAUCGCCGUAGCGAACACGUUGUACGUGAAAGAAGGAUACAAUGUUAAACGAUCCUUCCAUGAUGUGGCCACUGGCAGCUUCCAGUCGGAGGUCCAUGAGCUUAAUUUUGCGCAGAACGAAGCAGCUGCAAAAACGAUCAACAAUUGGGUGGAAAAGCAGACGAGCAACAAAAUCAAGGAUCUUAUCGCACCCGAUAUGCUGGAUGAGUUUACCCGUAUGGUGCUAGUCAAUGCGGUACAUUUUAAAGGCACAUGGAAGUAUCAGUUCAACGUAACUAACACCCGACCGAUGCCAUUUUGGAUCAGUGAUGCAAAGUCACAAGACAUUCCGAUGAUGUACAUUAAGGGAAGAUUUGGAUACAAAAUCAUUAGGGACAAAGGGUUCUCCGCUCUGCAGUUAAGCUACAGUGGCAGUGACACAUCGAUGAUGGUGUUGUUGCCCAACGAACGCAAUGGAUUAGCGGCGCUGGAGGAAAUACUUCCGAGUCUUAACCUAAUCGAGCUACGGAAACAACUGUGGAGAAGUGAAGUGGAAGUAUAUCUCCCCAAAUUCAAAAUCGAAUUCUCUCUUGAGCUUGAAGAUGUUUUAAAAACGCUUGGCAUGGGCCGGAUGUUCAGUAAUGCAGCUGAGUUUCCUGAUUUGCUGGAAUCAAACGAACCUCUGAAGAUUUCGAAGGCCAUCCAUAAAGCUUUUAUCGAAGUGAAUGAAGAAGGUACCGAGGCAGCAGCAGCUACUGCAUUUAGUGCGAAAUUUCGCACUGCCAAGGCACCAUCAGUAAUUCAAUUUAAGGCAGAUCACCCAUUUAUAUAUGCGUUGUUGUCACAGGACAAGGGUGUUUAUUUCUUAGGAAAAGUGACGAACCCAGCGUAAAGUUCCGCUUCUUAUGCUCACCAAUGAAUAUGAAUGCUUCUUAACUGUCGUCGUGCCAAUCCAUUUGUGUGAACGAAUACUGAUCAAUAAACUAUGUGGCAAUUG